AUGGAACUUUUCACACGCAUCAUCGCGAAAUCUAAAGACAUCUUCUACAACCUUGGAGCAGGAGAUUCGAUAAUGGUGAAACCAUUCGGAAUGCAGCGUGCAAAGAGCGCAGUUUCCGGAAAUACGAGUAUAAUAUCUGGUGGAAGUACGAUCUUUGGGUUAGGCGUGAGGGCAAGAGCGAGGAUCUGGGACAGCUUCAAAAUGGGCAUCGUCGCUUUUCCACCAAUUGCCGCUGUUAUAUUUUUGUCAGUAAUGUUGAUGAAUCAGGCAAGCAGCGCCCUGUCGACCACCAACAACCUCAACACAUAUCUCUCAUUGGCCAUUCAGCUGCACCAACUAGCAUCUGUGCUCCAGAAAGAGCGUGGCAUUUCCUGUGCAUAUAUGACGAGAGUGGAUGAUGCCAAAAUUAAUAACUUGGAGCGGCAGAUCGUUGGGAAACAACUUAUCUCUUAUCAGAAUCUGACCGAUUUAACGCUUGAAUCUAUUGGUGAUGAGCCUUGGGCGGAAGUGCUCAGCAACAAUUCGGCCCUCGCCAAUUCUACGGCACUAAAAAUGGCCCUCCAGGAUUUCCGUGACUCGAUGGAUAGUGCGACCGGAAUCGAUGCUAUCACCUUUUUUACUCCCCUUAUCGAGGCGCUGAUCUACAACUCGGGCCGUGUGUUCUUUGAGACGAAGGAGGGAGGGUUUUGGGGUGCUUUUAAUGCGUUGAGGCUGAUACAGUAUGCCGGGGAGGCAUUCGGCACCAAACGAGCUUUUGGUGGGACUUUCAUAGCUCAAGGCUUCCUUUCCGAAGAGCACCUACUGACGUAUAUCCUUGUCAUCGAUGAGAUGAAUGAAAAAAUUCUGAAAAACGAAAGUUUCGGGUCGGACUUGGAUCGGGCCCGGUUUGCCAUCUUCUGGUUUAAUAAUAUCACGCUGUUUAUGGAUAGUGUUGUUAAUCCGGCACGCGAGUUCUUGAACCAGAAAAUGUCAUUAAAGCUGAAUGGGCAAAGUACCGAUUCAUACACCGUACUCUGGACAACAAUUUCCACAAUACUGGCCAGUCUUUUAAUUUGUGCCCCGAUUAUCGCAUAUUUGUCGGUGCAAACCAAUAGGAUGCACAAAAAGAUACGCGAAAAAAUGCAAGAGCUACACAUGGAAAAGACUCGAAGCGAGCUUUUGCUCUAUUCGAUGCUGCCGAAAUCCAUAGCAAAAAGUUUGAAGCUGGGACAUUUGGUUUUGCCAAAAACGUACAACGAAGCUACGGUCUACUUUUCUGAUAUUAAAGGGUUUACGAACAUUUCUUCUACUUCUACACCUUUAGAAAUUGUGCAACUUCUUAAUGACCUUUACAUCACUAUGGACAAUGUGCUGGACGGGUAUAAUUGCUAUAAAGUGGAGACUAUUGGCGAUGCGUACAUGGUGGUCUCUGGUAUCCCAAAAAUCUGCGGCUACGACCACUCUAGUGAGAUCUGUACGAUGGCGCUGCAUAUGCUAAGGGAAGUCUCAAAUAUGGUGAUACCUCAUCGCCCCAGCCAGCAAUUGAAGCUGAGGAUAGGCGUAAAUUCAGGUACCUGCGCAGCCGGAAUUGUCGGUUUAAAAAUGCCUAGGUAUUGUCUUUUUGGGGAUACGGUAAAUACAGCUUCGAGAAUGGAAUCGACAGGCAUAGAAAUGCGGAUCCAAUUAAGCGAAAAUACCACCGACCACCUAAAACGUCAUUUCAAAGGCCAAUUCGAGUUUGUGGAGCGUGGUAUGAUGGAAAUUAAGGGAAAAGGUUUAAUGUGUACCUAUUGGCUCCUCGGCAAGCAGGGGUUCAAUUUUCGAGUUGAUGCC